AGGAGGUUCAGACCCUGAAAGAGGAGCUGGAGACUAAGAACAGGGAGGUUUGUAUCUGUAUUCUACACUAAAGAUUUCUCUUCUAAAAGCAGAACAUUAUGACUGUGAAAUGUCUGAUGUACAGCACGUGUAACUCCUAAAGUCUCUGUAUUCGUCACUGUCGUCAUGUUGUUGAAUGUGUUUCACUGAAGGACUCUGUCUCUAACUCAGCUCCAGCAUGAACAGCACCGGAGAGAAGAAGCGGAGAAAGAAGUUCAGACGAACAAGAAUAACAUGGUUAAUCAUUUCAAUUUGAUUCCUAUGAAUAUUUUUGUAUAUCUUUUCAUCAGCAUAUUGUUUUGUUUCCAGACAUCUGUUGGUUUGUUCCUCUGAAAACUUCAGCAAAUGUGUGCUUUGUUCUUCUGACUAUAUUAGUUAAUCCUUCUGAAAGCCUCCAGUUGAUUCUUUUAUCUUUCACGCAUUAAAUAUAUCAAAUAAACACAAUAACAACAUUAUAUUCAUAAGUCCAAAUCAAGCCCGAGACCAGAAUGAUUUGAGUCCUUUUUUCAGACCAAAACACAAAGAUGUUCCUCAAACGGUGGUUUAAUGAACUGAGCAGGAUUCUCUUUAGUCCUGGUAUGACCUCAUACAGAACAUCAGCUCAGAGACAGACCACUAACAGAUGAAUGAAUACCUCUUUAUCAUCUGUGGUUAUGAUUUACAACAUCAUCAACCUUGUCCUGCCGGAUUUCCCCCCUCGUCUCUUGUUUUGUCCUUGGAUUCCCUGUUUGUUUUUGGUUAUUCAUUAAAACCCUUUUUUCACUACACCUGACUGUCUGUGCUUGAGUCCUCAUCAUGCCCCGUGACAAGUACGUAGAGCUACGAACGCUAGAUGAGACCAGCCUGAAGUUAUUUCAAUUUCUUGUGAAAAAGCGAGAAAGAUUUGGUUAAUCAAGAAAAAGUCUAAACCCAACUUGUAUUUCAGAAGUUCAACAGUUCACCGUCGCUUCCUGCAUGAAUCUACAGUGGAGGAUCAUCACCCAUCAGUCCGUCUGUUGGCUGGUUGAUUAGUGUUACAAUGACUGAUGAGUGUGUUAUGUCUCUCUAUCAGGUACAUGCAAACAGAUGUGAAGUGUUGGAGCAUCACAGUCCUCAUCAGGAGGACAGCAGCUCAGCCAAUCACAACUCAGCCUCAGGAUCUGUUCUUGUCAUUGGUGUCGACCAACAGGGCAAAUAUAUCCGUCUCACAAACACGUCCAACGAGGAACAACAUCUGGGAGGCUGGAGGUUAGAAAUGCAGGUCAACAGAAGAAACAUCUCGUUCACGUUUGAGAAAUCUUUCAGUGUGAAGUCUGGAGACACUGCCACUAUGUCAGGUCCAGGUUGUAUGAGCCGUCAUUCUUUUUCUGACCUCUGGUGGAAGGACUUUAAGCCGUUCAGCCCUGCAGACAAACUGAAGUUCACCCUCAUCAACAACACUGGAGAGAUCCGACAUGAACUCAGUUCACUCACUGAAUGAUAGUAAUUAGCCAGCUGUCAGACUUUUAUUUUUUUUAGCUCAUCUUACCUUCUUGCUCUAUUCAACAGGAAAGAAGAGAAAAAGUUACCAUCCGUAGCACCACAAUGUAUUGUGAAUGGUUUAUAGUGUUGUGAACAUUAUUCAUCAGGAACAUCAGUAACACGCAGUGGUGGGCUGUCAGGGCCAGCAAGGCCUUCUCUGCUGGCCAGACAGAAUUACAAAGCUAUAGCUAUUUAAUAAUUUAAUAAUUUGUAUCUCAUUGCAGAGCUACU